CGAGCUGAUAACGGCAAGCGUCACCCGCGCGACAUGGAAGGGGAGACGAGUUCCAAAGAAAUAAACUUGGUCACCAAUUAUUGAUUGCAGAAUCAACAAGCCGCACAACUUUCUCCUCUCAACAUUGUCUUUCCUCAUCCCUCAGGACAGAAAAGACUCAGUAGUUGCAUUAUUGUCAAUCCAACCCGAGGCUAGAUCCGGCGAAUCCAGCAUUUUCCAUGCCGAACAACUCCUUUGAACCAACAUCAUCCAGUCUGCCAAGUCCGGGCAUUUGAUGCUUAAGCGAAGUCGAGACUCGACCAACGACACCCUGGCCGAUAACUGACUGACUGGCUUGCAACACUCUUAAUCAAAAUGGCUAGUAUCGACCGUUACAGACCGGCUGGUAGAGAAAGCUACCAACCCCCGUCGCUUCCACCCAAGCCGCCACCACCAAGCGACCGACAGUCACGAUCUCCAACGCGACGACACGGCGCGGCUCUUGUCCCGCCAGCGGCGCCAUCACCACCCGUUCAUUCGUCCCGAAACUCGCCGCCACGGCCGGGCAUGGCCAGGCGCGGCCCUCUCGCAGCGUCGCCAUUGCGCCCUCCCGCAACUCCCGCACCCAAGCCGCGAAAGAACAGCCAAUGGUUUUUCACGCCGGAUGAAAUCCGCAGCACUCCCAGCAUAGCCGACGGGCUACGUCCAGCCGACGAACGGAUGCGCAGGGCCAAAGGUGUCAGCUUCAUCUACCAGGCUGGCGUGCUGCUCGAACUGCCUCAAAUAACAUUAUGGGUCGCCGCUGUGUUCUUCCACCGAUUCUUCAUGAGGGUCAGCUUGGUGGAGGAAAAGGGUGGCGUUCAUCAUUAUAAUAUCGCUGCAACCUCUUUAUUCUUGGCGAACAAGACACAAGAAGAUUGCCGCAAGACCAAGGACCUCAUCAUUUCUGUGGCACGCGUCGCCCAAAAGAACGCAAACCUCAUCAUCGAUGAACAGAGCAAGGAGUACUGGCGCUGGAGGGACAGCAUCCUAAUGCACGAAGAAAUAAUGCUAGAGAUCUUGACGUUCGAUCUUAUGGUCAAAGUUCCAUACCAGCCUCUGUUCGAAAAUCUCAAGGAGCUUGGUCUGCAACACAACAAGCGUCUGAGGGACGCGGCCUGGGCAUACCUUAACGACUCUUGCUUCAGCACGUUGCCUCUGCUCAUGUCGGCCAAGGAUAUCGCCGCCAGCGCGAUCCUAUUUGCCAGCGCUACGACAGGUGAGAAGGUUGAGGAUAUCAACGGCGAGCCGUGGUGGGUCCUCAUCAAGGCCGACGAGAGCCGUAUAGUUCAAGCCAUCAACGUCAUAGUCGACUUCUACACGGAGAACCCGCUUGGCAAGAAGACGGAUAGGCUGCCAGGUUCGCCAGAAUUUUCACUUGAAAGCACCCGCAGGAGAGGCGACACCAUCCUCAGCCAGCAGACGGACGCCUCAAGCUACAAUGGCACUCCUAUGGAGACGGACCAGGACGGAACGCAGAGCCCUGGCGUUAGGCUCAACGGUAAACCUGAUCGUGACAGCUCCGGCAGCAACAGCGCAGGAAAGGAGGAGCUGAGGCGGGAGCCGAACGGUGGCGCACCUUUGCGAUCUGAUGUUAAGGGAGACUCGGACGCUGCGCUGAAGGCGGCCGCCAACGAUCUCGACGCCCAGGACGAGGGUCUGGUCUCACCAAACAUCAACGAUGUGGCCUCGCCGUCGGGCACCAAGAGGUCUGGCGGGGCAUCGGACGCCGAUAGGGACAGAAAGAGAGCUCGUUUGAGUGACGAGGACGAGGACGAGGGCGAAGUUCCCGAGUAAAGCGAUACAUUAAAUGCAACAGGAUAUUCAAUGCUAAGGGACACAUUAUUCCUUGACAAGGAUCGAGUAUCAGCUCUCUUUUCUUUUUCUUUUUUUCAUUGCCCAUAUAACAUCUGCAUACAUAUACGCACAGACAGACGUUUGAGUCUCUGUGCUGCCCUCAAGUGUUAUUUUCUCGACGAAUUUCAUUCCGACCGUCUGCGAAGCAAGCAACAAUGAGGCUGCACAUGAGCAUAUCUGCGGAGGGCUUGUUUAUGAUAACGCAAUUGCGAAGGAAUCAUGUCAUAACUUGACUGAUCAGGGAAAGGGAAGACUGCAAAGUGAAGCAUAUUUGCCCUUUUUCGUUUUUUUUUUCUUUGGGUUUUCCAUUGUCACUUCUCCUUGGAUCAAUACCCAUGGAAGGCGUUCGCGGGGCGCUGCAUAUGGCGUCGGAGGGUUCUAUAUCAGGUAGUUAGGUUUUGUUAGGAACGGCGGACUUGAAUCGCCAGAUGGAUUAAUUCUCUUUCUAUCAUCAUUCUUUUACCCUCUCCAAUGAACGAUGACAUGGCAACUUCCUGCUCAGCUUAUCUUUUUUAUCUUUUUUUUUCAGCAAAAUUCCCCCUCGUUCCACCGUCUCAACCCUUGCCCGCCGCGCUUCUCGGCCAUCUUGACGUCAAGCCAGUCGAUCAGCUCAAACAUGUCCUCCUUCUCCAGCAUCUCGAUCCUCUCCCGCUUGUUCAGCAGGCUUGCCUUGUCGGGCCCCAUCCCGGGCGCCGUCAUCUCGGUCAGGUGAUGCGUCACCAGCUUGAAGGGCAGCGGGGCUUGUGCCGCGCGGUUGAGAAAGUGCUCGACCACGUCCCAGCUGCAGCGCUGCGUGCCCGCAAACAGGGAAGGGUUGGCCAGCAGGCCCCGGGCCGACAUGAGGCCGCGUAGCUUGGGUAUUGCCGGCCUGCUCGUGUCGUUGGGGGCUCCAGCAGCACCGGCGGAAGCGGGGCUAAAGGGUGAGGAGUAGGCCAGCGUGUCUAGGGUGAAGACAUCCCCAGACACGAGGAUAGGGAGCACGUCUCCGUACCUUUCUACGAGGAUCGAGAGGGAUUCGACGUUGAUGGGCUCUCGUGACGGGGUGGCGCGGGUGCGGGGGUGGAUGGUGAGGAAGUCGAUGUUGCGGGCGUUGGGGUCGCCGAUGACGGUGUCUAUGAAAUCCAUUGUUUUCCUGGUUGGUUUGUUAAUGAGUUAUGGUUGCCGUCUCAGCGCUUCAUUUCCUAGUGAUCCAGCAGUUGAAUACAAGGGCCGGAAAAGGCAGCAUACCGCAGGUCCUUGUGAACCCUGAUCUUGACACUGACGCUCCUCCCCUUAGGAUCGUUCUUAUCGCGCUCCAGGCCAACGGCCCAACCAUCACUGGCUAGACGGGAUCUG